CUAUUGUUGAAUCAAUACUCACAAAAUUUCAAUAGGUAUGGCUUGUCAAUAUAUUGUAAUGUACUUAUAACAUAUUUUUAAUAACUAUAAUGCAUCUUAUUUUUGUGUGUAGGAUUUUUUGAUGGCUAAUUUUGAAGAUAACGUGAUGAUUGCUUUGUAUUGGGGCGGUGAAAUAAUCACUGAAAUAAACGGAUUUCGAUAUAACGAAUGUGCCAGAAUGAUUGUUAGCAUGUCUAUUUCGACCAACUACGUUGAAUUAAUUAAAUUGUUGCAUGAGAAAAUGGGGACUGAUGGAGAAAAUAUUCAAUUGGAUAUUUCUGGAAAAUAUCCAUGCUCAUUUCAAGAGAAGAUGAAGCUACCUUUGAUUUGUGUAAUGAUGCACAUGCUCAAAGAAGUGAUGAAAAUUCGGAGGAGGAUGAACCUUCAGAAGAUGAUGGAGAGAGUAAAGUCAUUGAAAGUGAAUCCGAUGAAGAUAUUGGAGAUUUACCUCAAAAUGAAAGUGCGGUGA